GAGCAGAAAACUCAUCGCCCGUCUUCUCCACCUUUCUCUUCCGCAGUCCCACGACCGCCGUUUCACGACCGCCGUUUCGGUGACACCGGAGCCGGAGGCGGAUCACCGAAUCCGAUAACUUUUCCGGCGAUCCGGAGGAGUAUCUUCAUCAGGUAUCGGGAUCCUCGCUCUCAGUCGGACGCUUCCUGCAGCGCCGGAAAUGCUUCCGUAUGCGACGCUUGUGGAGGCGGAAGCGGCGCUGGGGCGGAGCCUGAGCUUCUCCGAGGCCGUCUGGUUCCGCUACUCUGCCCGGAUGCCCGACUACCUCCUCUACUGCCACAACAUUAUCUUCCUCUUCGCCAUCUUCACCCUCGCCCCGCUCCCACUCGCCCUCAUCGAGCUCGGCCUCCCCGCCUCCGUCUCGGCGUUCAAGAUCCAGCCCAAGGUUCGCCAUCCGCCGACAUCCUUCUCCCAGUGCUAUAAGGGCGUCAUGCGGGUGUUCACCCUCGUCAUCGGCCCGCUCCAACUCGCGUCCUACCCCAUCAUCAAGUUUGUGGGAAUAGGGACGGGACUGCCCCUUCCCUCAUUUUGGGAGGCGGCUUUGCAGCUCUUAGUUUACUUCCUGGUGGAGGACUACUUCAACUACUGGAUUCACCGACUACUGCAUAGUGAAUGGGGGUACGAGAAGAUCCACUGCGUCCACCAUGAAUUCACAGCUCCGAUCGGCUUUGCGGCACCCUAUGCGCAUUGGGCUGAGGUGCUCCUCCUUGGGAUCCCCUCCUUUGUAGGGCCCGCUCUCGUCCCUUGUCACACGAUCAUCUUCUGGCUCUGGAUGGUCCUCCGCCAGCUCGAAGCGAUCGAGACCCACAGCGGAUAUGACUUCCCUUGGACUCCCACCAAAUUAGUUCCCUUCUACGGAGGAGCCGAAUAUCAUGAUUAUCAUCACCAUGUAGGUCGGCAGAGCCAAAGCAAUUUUGCUUCUGUAUUUACCUACUGUGACUAUAUUUACGGCACAGACAAGGGAUACAGAUAUCACAAGGCACUCCUAGCAAAGUUAAAGACGUCGUCGACGAACUACAAUGAAAAAGGACAAACCAAUGGUUUUAAGGACAAUCGGAAGUUCGAUUAGGCUUAUGAUUCUCUUGCAAUGUAUUGACCUGUGUGUUACUUGCAAGUUGCAAACUCCAAACCAGCAGAUCUCUCGCUUCAUAUUGCAACUAAUCGUAGAAGUGAGAUUCUAUUGUGUCCUGUGUGAUCUUUGCAGAACUGGGUGGACUAUAUCAUCCGGUUAAACUUUUAAAAAACUAAAUAAAUUCUGAGGGCAAACCAAAA